AAUCACAACACAAAACUUGUCAAAAAAAAAAAAGAAUGGGUAAGGAUUCAGCUCCAGUAAUCGACAUGAAAGAUUCGUCAAAUCUAGCAGAGAAGAUAGUGAAAGCAUGCGAAGAGUGGGGUUGCUUCAGACUCGUUAACCAUGGCGUGGACACGGAGCUGAUGGCCGAGAUGAAGGCCGUCACACGGUCGCUGAUGGAUCUUCCCAUGGAGGUUAAACAUAAAAACUCUCAUCCUGAGCCUGGCAAAGGCUAUACCCCACCAAACAUGGCUAGCCCCUACUUUGAGGGCCUCAGUCUCUAUGACAUGGCUUCACCCGGUGCAAUUGACCACUUCUGCUCUCAAAUUCACGUUUCGCCACGUCAGAGGGAGGUGCUCAACAAAUAUGCGUUCGCACUGUACGAUCUGGCACAUUUUUUGGGGAUGAAGGUGAUGGAGGGGCUCGGGAUGGACGGAGACCUCUUUAAGGACUGGCCAUGUCAGUUGAAGAUGAACAAAUACAACUACGGCCCUCAAACGGUCGGAUUAACUGGCGCCGUUUUGCAUACAGACCCCGGAUUUCUCACUAUAUUGCAAGAUGAUGAGGUUGUUAAUGGCCUUGAGGCCGUGCACAAGAUCACCGGUGAACUCGUGUCGCUCGAUCCAAUAGCAGGAACUCUAGUUGUGAAUGUCGGAGAUGUUGCUAAGGCUUGGAGCAAUGGGAGGUUUUGCAAUGUGAAGCAUAGAGUGCAAUGCAAUGAGGCGACUGUACGUACUUCAAUUGCUCUAUUCGUGUUGGGGCCGAGAAAUGAGAAAGUAGAGGCGCCGCCGCAACUUCUGGAUUCCGGCAACCCUCGCCGCUACGUGCCGUUCGACUUUGAAGAGUAUAGAAAGCUCAGAGCAUCAACCAAAUCACCUACCGGUGAAGCUCUUGAGCUUUUUCUGACCAAAAGUUCCUGAUAUUUAAAUGAAAAUAUUAUUUGAAGAAAAAUGAGAAGCAUAUAUAUUUAUAUUAAAACAUAAUCGUUCGACUGAUUUUUUAUUAUACUAGUACUAUUGUAAUUAUGCAGUUGAAGCACUGAUGUUGGGCGCUUCAUGCAUUUGGCCAAGUUUGUGUAACUGUGUUAUCAGUUUAAGUACUUCAGAAUAUACAUUAAUUUUUAUGAGUUCAAA